AUGCCUCCCCCAGUGGUUUUUCAUCCUUUCAGAGGGCAUUACUAUUACGCGGGGUCCAGCUCUGCACCGCCACCCUUUUCAUCGGGUCCUCCUUCUUCUUCUGGCCAGUUUUACGGGGAUUCGGCACAUCACUAUUUUCAGGGGUCGUGUUCAUAUCCAGUGCCACCAGGACCUUCUUCGCCUUUUGUUCCUCCGCCGCCUGCUUAUGUACCACCUACGGUGCCUCCUUUUCAGGUGCAGUGGGAUCAGCCUACACAGGGUACACAGGACUUUUCAGCUUCACAGGGACUUCCACAGACACCUGGGACUACAGACUUUCUGUCAUAUGGUAGCAGUUGGUUAGGUCUAGACAGCAUGGAGGCGAUGAUGUUCCGCCAACAAGGAGAAUUUGUUACCCCGCCACCAGCAACGACGAGUACGGCCAUUCCCCAGGACCAGCAGGAUGACGACGGAGCCGACGACGAGGACGCCGAUGCAGGAGAGGGUGAUGGUGAUGGUCGCCCAGGUCGACGUUACCUCACCAUCAGUACAGGCCGUCGGGCGAACCGUAACAGAAACAACUUGCGCUCGAACCUCCCGGUCACUAGUAGAUAUGACGAUAGGACUCCUAGAUGA